AUGGCUAAUUUCACUACCAGUGGUUUUCUUCUCAUGGGGUUUUCCACCGAGUCAGAACUAGAAGUCUUUUAUGCCUCUUUAUUCUUGGUCUUAUAUGUGUUGGCUUUAAUUGGCAACAUCCUCAUCAUCACCACUACUUCCAUGGAUGAAAGUCUCAACUCCCCCAUGUAUUUCUUCCUGAAGCAUCUCUCCUUGUUGGAUCUGUGCUAUAUUUCUGUGACUGUACCGAGAUUCAUUUACAACUCUUUCAUGGAGAAUGGCAAUAUUUCCCUCUGGGAAUGCAUAGUGCAGUGCUUUGCUUUCUCAGUCUGUGGAUGUGCUGAGCUGCCUAUGCUCACUGUGAUGUCCUAUGACCGAUACGUGGCCAUCUGCCUUCCACUGCGCUAUGACAUCAUCAUGAAUGUCAGAACCUGUAUCCAUGGAGUCAUUGGAGCCUGGGUUGGUGGGGCCAUCUCAGGAGUCAUGCACACAGCAGCUACUUUCUCCAUUCAUUUCUAUGGCCCCCCGAUCAUUCACCAGUUCUUCUGUGACAUCCCCCAGAUCCUGAAACUCUCCUGUGCCAAUGAGUUUAAGAAUGAGAUCGAUGUUACCAUCUUCACAGUUUUGUUGGCAUUUGGCUGUGUCAUCUUUAUUGGAUUCUCUUACGUGCACAUAUUUUCCUCCGUACUGAGGAUGCCAUCAGCGGAGGGCAGAGCCAAGGCCUUUUCCACUUGUCUCCCCCACCUAGCUGUUGUCAUAUUAUUCAUUUCUACAGGUUCCUUCGAGUAUUUUAAGCCCCAUUCUGAAUCUCUAACUGCUUUGGACAUGUUUCUUACUAUUAUGUAUACAGUAGUUCCCCCAACCUUCAACCCAAUGAUUUAUAGCCUGAGAAAUAAAGCCAUCAAGUCAGCUAUAAAAAAGGUUUUUCAAAGAAGAAAAUCAUAUUUCUUUAUUUGA